UACUGCUUUUUUGCUUAUUCCCAUUUCUCCUAGCUACUAUUUGUGAGUGCGAGAGAAUUAUAUAUGAGAGAGCCUCUCCUUACUCCCUUACAUUUUUAAACCAUGGAAGAAGCACUUCACACUCAGUGUAGUGAGGCUCAAACAGCCGUCUCCCCUUCUUCCACCACUACCACUACUACUUCCUCUUCCUCCUCCUCUUCCUCGCCGCUUGUAUCGACAGAAGAAGUGGUGGCAAUGCUAAACGGGUCUAAGAAAAUCAACCAGGAAGAGAAAAACGCCAACCAAGGUAAGAAAAGAGCCAGCAGUGGUGGGGAUGAUGGGAAGCACGCAUUGUACCGCGGCGUAAGAAUGCGUAGUUGGGGCAAAUGGGUGUCGGAAAUUCGCGAGCCGAGGAAGAAAUCACGGAUAUGGCUCGGCACCUUUUCUACCCCCGAAAUGGCGGCUCGGGCGCAUGAUGUGGCGGCACUGGCCGUAAAAGGCCGGUCUGCAUACCUCAACUUCCCCGAGCUGGUGGGAGAGCUUCCCCGCCCGGCAACCGCUUCGCCAAAGGACAUCCAAGCAGCGGCUGCCAGAGCAGCCGCCUUGUGCCAUCCCACGAGCGGUGAAACCGAGACCGGGGCGUGCCGAGCCGGACCUGCCGGCACUGUUUCAUCAUCUCAUGAUGAUCAUUCCCAAGAGUCAUCAAGUACUACCUCAACUUCACAAGACACGGAUGACGAUACUUUUUUCAACUUGCCUGAUCUCUGCCUUGACCUGGGUCAUCAAGUUGAGAGGUUCUCAUUGCCGUGGCCGGUGGCUGGGGCUGUGGCUGAGCCGGCCGAUGCCGGAUUCCGGCAGGAAGACCCAUUCUUCUGGGAAGCCUACUAGAGAAACAGAGUACUCCCCUGCACUGCACAUACAUGAUUUCUAACUUCAAAAUCUCCCACUUGCUCUCCGGAUUCAGACAAAUUCAAAAUGGGCCAGUUCAAGAUUGAAUCUGCAGGUUUGGCUAAUUUGGUGCGUAUGCAUUGGCGAUGAAAUUUAGUUUGGAUUUCAAAUUUCAAAGGUGACAAGGUGUAUAAUCCUUCAUCUCCCCUUCAUAUCAUAUGAUCACAUACAUGUACAGAUAAUUGAAAGCGUUCAUGUACAAAUUGAGUGUGGAAUAAUAUUUUUAUAUUGAAAUUUUAUUUAAUUCAUUUUUCUAAA